AUGAAUUACCCAGACAGGCUCCAAGAAAUCCUUGUUGAAAGAAUUGCUAUGAACGAUUCUGAGAAGCUCCGAAAGGCCAUUGAAGCAAAUCAGAAAUUCCUUACUGUUGAUUAUUAUAAUUUGCGGCCUAAUCAAUCUCAAAAAGAUACAAUACAAGAUUUAGUGCUCUUAAAUGUUCCAACACAACAGCUAACAUUACUUCAUGUUGCAGCUUACUACGAUUCCCUCGAAUGUAUUAUUGCUUUGAUCGAACUUGGACUUGAUGUUGAUGUUAAAACUCGCGAUGGAUAUACACCAUUGAUGUAUGCUUGUGCUUCUGGUUCAUAUGAAUCAGCUCUUUAUUUACUUGAAAAUAAAGCAGAUUUUAAGUUACUACCGAACGAAAGACUUCACAGCUGUCUCUACCUUGCCGUAUCUCCAGAAGGUCCAGAAAUUCUUAAGCUCUUAUUCGAGUACGGAGCAGAAUAUCCGAAAGAAAUCCUCAAAGAAUCACCUAUAGCAAGAGCAAUUAAAACGAAAAGCAUGAGCUGCUUACUCAUAUUACUUAAUCACGCUUACAAGACUUCUACAUAUUUAGAUGGAGAUUUAUCUCCUCUUAUGCAAGCCAUUGCUAACUAUGUAGACGAUUCUAUUGAGCCAUUACUCGAAUUUAAUGGCGAUCCCAACUUUGUAAACUCAAAAGGCAAUACUGCUCUUUUAUUAGCAAUAAGAAGAAAUUCUUUGCCAAUUGUACAGACUUUGGUUAAACACGGUGCAUCAGUUGACUGCAGAGAAUUCCAAAGUGGUUCAACACCUGUUCAUUUAGCUUGUGAUAAAGGAAAUCUUGAAAUGUUAAAGUUUUUGGUCGAUAGCGGAGCAAACAUCUUUGCUUUGGAUGCCAAGAACAGACCAGCAACAUUCAACACAAUAAACGCUCCAAGUCCCGAACUUGUUGUCCAAUUACUGGAAUAUCUUACUGAAAAAGGUUUGGACCUGAACGCACGUGAUAAAGAUGGAACAACACUCCUUCUGGAGCUGAUGCCUGACUCAAAACGAGCUCUGCCUCCAGUUAUUGAAUUUUUGUUAUCCAACGGAGCAAAAGCAGAUAUAAAGAACGAGCAUGGAAAGACAGCCUUAGAUUUGGCAAAAGCAUUUAAGGAUCCUCAAAUUAUUGAAUUGUUUAAGAAAUAUUCCAAAUAA